GCGCAGCGGCCCACUGAUCGGCCGCCGUGUGGAGGAGUCGGCCGGCAUAAAGAAUUCUCCCUUUUGUCUCAAGAACCCCCCGACUCCCUGAUCAGGAUGGCCAGCGGUUCGAGCCGCCUGCAGAGGUCUUUUUCUCUACAAUGAGCAACCGUGACCCUGACUUCCGACAUCAACUGGGCCGAUUCCGUCUCGAACCCCUGCCGGCGCAGCAGCUCCCCCUCCCUCCGCCCUCAGCCAUCUCGCCCUCCUCGCCGUCUCCGACUUCCGCGCCCUCCGCGCCCACUCCCCCCCUGCCUCACCGUGCUGCAUCCCGCACGAAACGCGUCUCAACGGCCUGCGAUUUCUGUCGCAAGCGAAAGAAGAAAUGCGACUUCCGCUAUCCGAAUUGCUCCGCCUGCACUCGGGCCGGCGUUCGCUGCACCAUCGCCCCGCCGGGCUCGCAAAUCACCAACGCAUCCGUCCCCCGCGACCAGCUUGAGAAACUGCAGGAUCGGGUACAAUGGCUGGAGGAAAUCAUCCGCCGCAAGACUGGCAUCGCCGUCGCUGACCGGCCCACGGGCAGCGGGCUGGAGGAUGAAGGGGACCCGAACUCGUGGCAUCAGCUGCCCGCAAUUUUGAUCAAGGUCGACCCCAGCAGCCCGCAAGCUGCUUCCACAAUAGGAGGGUCGACAACGGGCAUCGACUCGAGCGCAAGCCCAGCCUCAGCAAGCCCGUCCGCAGUGGGGACAGAGCUUCCAAAUGUCGGCGAGAUAUUUCGCGACAAGCUCGAGCAUCGUCGCCCGUCCGUUGCCCGUCCGACAAUCUCUUCAUCUGCGCCGCGCGUUAUUCGACUCGCCACAUUGGAGGAAGCCGAGCGGGUGGCAGGCCAAUACUUUGAGAGCAUGGGAUACCAGUAUCCGUUCCUUUAUCGUGUCGAGUUCUUUGACAAUCUCCGAAGGAUCUAUGCUGGCGAAGUCCCGACUCCUGAGGUGCAUUGCAGCUAUCACAUUACUAUCGGCAUUGCCCUGCUUAUUGGAUCCGCGGAAGAUGCAGAGGCAAGGGCAAUGGAAUUUUAUCGCGCCAGUAAUGAGACACUUCCAAUUGCGCUACAUAAUGAGGACCUCGCUGCCCUGCGCGCUUUGCUGAGUCUCGCUCUUUACACGCUUUUCGCGACCACGGGUCCCAGCAUCUGGCACGUCCUGGGCACUGCUCUACGACUUUCAACCAGCCUAGGUCUGCACAAGGCAAGACAGCCCACCAAUCUGAUUGACGAUGAGAUGGCAAAGCGAGCCUUUUGGAGUCUGUACAACCUGGACAGACUCAUCGCCAGCACGCUAGGCAGACCGCUCGGGAUCGCCGACGAAGACAUCACCGUUUCCCUUCCUCGGGAACUGAAUGACGAUGGCACUGAAACGCCUGGUGCUAGUUCUAUGACCAUUCCCAUCCAAGUCGUUAAGCUCCGUCGCAUUUUCUCUCGAAUAUACCGUUACCUAUACAGCAUCAACCAGCCACCUCUAUCUCCCACCGAAAUAUCCCUAAAUCUACGCCAUUUCCGGCAGGAACUCGACGAUUGGCGCACCAGUAGCCCUAUAUACCCACCUGCCCUCCUUUACUCAACCAGCUACUUCGACUACCUCCACGCAACAACCCUUCUCCUCCUCUACCGGCCCAGCCCUCGAAACCCGACCCCCGACCAAAGCAGCAUAAUCAGCUGCGGCGACGCUAGCAUCGCAGUCAUCCGUUCCUACUGGGACAGUUACUCCGUCGGGAAACUCAAAUGGAUAUGGCUUACGUUGAGCCAACUCUACUUCGCUGGAAUUACGAUCCUAUGGUGCUUGAACCGGAAUUUCCAUUCAGUAAACGACGGCCGUGGCCCCGUAUGGGAGCCGGAUGAGCAAACGAUGCGGCGAGCAACCCAAGCUGCCGUCGUUAUUCUCGAAGAAUUCGGGAAACGAAGAGCCGGGGUGGAUAAGCUGGCAGAGACAUUUCGAACACAGAGUACCACCAUCUUCAGCCACUUGGCCUACCAGCAGCAACAGCAGCAGGCUAUGGCGCCUUCGAUGCCUCCACCGCAGACGGGCCCCAACCAGGUUUUCAUGGCCCCGCCUGUACCCCUUGCGCCUGUUCUCGAUGAUGUCUUGUUGGUUGAUGCAUCAGGGAAUAUGCCCGUGAUGGAUCCGCAGAUGGCGGAGCAAUUGUUUUACUCUUAUGAUUGGUUCCAGGAGGAGAUGGCGACGUAUUAUACCUUGUAGCGCUGUUGAUUUUACCACUGUAUUUAUUUACUUUUAUGGUUUUGUAUAUGGAAUGAUAUAUCUAGCAUUGUAGAUUGAACGCGUGAUGAUAUGGUAUAUACAUU